ACACAGUCUGUUCAAGUCUCCCUUUGUGUUGAGCCCCGGAUCGUGCUGCUCCAGGACCGGGAUACUCCGUGAGAGAGACCCCGGAUAGUACGCUGAUGUCUGCGGGGCUGGAGGCCGUCAUGUCCGGGGAUGAGGGUUUCAUCCUCCGGUUCCCUGUCCACCGCGCCUGUCGGGACGGGGACGUCCGCGCUAUGGUGUCGGUACUGGAGGAGCUGUCAAAUCCGGCGCAUCUCACCGUCGAGGACCCGUGUUUCGGAUGGAGCCCCAUCCACUGGGCAGCACACCACGGACAGCUGGACUGCGUGGUCCGUCUGGUGCAGAUGGGCUGUAAAGUGAACUCAGUGACAAGCCGCUUCCACCAGACGCCGACACACAGCGCUGCAUUUGGCGGACACACACACUGCGUGGUAUGGCUGGCUCAGGCCGGGGCCGAUGUCAACCAUCAGGAUUUGGUAGGUGAGGCUCCCAUUCACAAAGCAGCUCGCUGCGGCAGUCUGGAGUGUAUCCAGGUGCUGCUGAUAGCAGGCGCCAAACCACAUUUAAAGAACGACCGCGGGCAGACGGCUGCAGACCUGGCGCAUGCCCACGGCUUCCACGACUGCUUCUGCUUCAUCUCCAAUGCCCACAAGACGCUGCUGCAGCUCUCCGGGCUGCACCGCAACGGGAACGGUGCCCCCUGUGGCGAGGAGGCACUUGGCAGAAAGAGGCAGCGGACCCCGGAGGAUGCAGCUCUCACCAAGAAGCCCCGCAGAGCCGAUUGUGACGAGCUGGAGAACAUGAACGUUGAGAGUAUGAACGUGGAGGACAUGAACAUGGAGGAACCUCAAGCAGAGGAGUACAGUAGAGCUGCUGCAGACCGACACCUUCCCACACUGCUUUGCGGCCUCCAGGCUGACCCGGACCUGCCACCACCUCCAAGCCGUCUGCAGCCGCCGCCGACUCGCCGCGCCGCCAUCGACAUGUGCGGCUCUCUGCACCUGAGCGGCAGCCCCAGUAGCUGCGUGUCCCACCGGCCCAGCUGGUGGGGGCUGACAGGGGAGGAGUGCGGCGACUUCCUGCACUACGGACACUUCCACGGCUUCGGAGACACGGCCGAGGAACUGAGCGAUGGCGGCCACACCAGGACCAAGCAGGAGUCUGCCGGGAACCAUCAGCUGUGCCACGGCUCGUAAGCACCAUGUCAACACGGCGGGGAAACAUCGGACACCAAAGAUUCCCGUUAUGCGGUUAGCGCGAACAACUCCACGUAUUUGUACGACAGGAAUGUUAGAAUGUUUGUUUUGAAAUUUGUUUUCAGAGUUUUCAUUCAUAACCAACAGUUAUCCGUCAUCAGCAAAGAAAAUACACUUUAGCCCAAAUUCUCUGUUUGUUAACCCAGUUAGCUUUACGCUAAUGCUCCCAGGCUAAGUGACUCCAGACAAAUCCGUCCCUGCUUUUUUUUUUUUUUUUUUUAAUAUGUUGUAGCUUUACAGCAGAUUUGUGUUCUGUGUAGUUGUAGUUUUCUUUUCUCGAGGUUGUUUUGUUACAGUUCCAGAAGAGUAGACAGGAUAAGUAAGUUGGUAUCGUCUUCUAUAAAUAAGUUCUGUGGGUUUUUUUUGUUUUUAUCACAAAAAGGGACAAAUACAUUUCAACAAAGCACAAUUACUUCAGUAUAGUAAAAAAAAAAAAAAAACCCUCGGCAUGCAUGGCCAGUUUAGCUUAAAUGCUAAUGUUACUUUGCUUGCAGUAAGGGUAGCAGUUCUCAGUGUCGUUAUAUGUCAAGUACUUUUUCUAAAAGUGUGGUUCCCACGAAAUUAGAAACGGUGCGAGCUGUGAUUGAAAAAAUUAAUUUGUGGAAUUAAUUUUAAUUUAAUGAAGGGCCAUUCGACAGGCUCGAUUGGAUCCUCUAGUGGGCCCAGGGCCAUAUGUUUGACACCCCUGAUUGAGACGUCUAAGCUAAGAAAAUUUGUUAUUUGACCUAAUGAUGGUUUAUUUUGGUGAACAGAGAAAGGGGGCGGGGCUAAGAGCUGAUAAUUGAAUGAGUUAUUGAAAGUGCAAUGUCCUGAUGUAUCCUCCGUUACUAUGGAGACCGCAAAGAUGAUCAUAAAAUGGAUAUUCCUUUCUUCACGUAGUAAUACCGCCAUGCAGUUGGGGGCAGUAGUGAGUCAGUCCAGCCUCUGUCAUACACUUUAUCUGCUCGACUCGCUGCACCACCACGUGGUAUUAAGUGGUAUCACACGAUUGCUGCCUCUAAAUUCUUAAAUGUUCCAACAUCCUCAUGUUGUUUUUAAGCUGAAUCUUUGCCAGUAUUUGGAAAUGUUUGUAAAAACGGUGCUCAUCUGCUCGCUGGUGUGCACUCUGGAGGACUGUUACCUCCUUCUACCAAAGGGAUCAUGAGCUGAUGGCUACUUUUUGUAAAUUUGAUAAUUUUUUUGUACGGUCUCUAUUUUUUCUAAACACUACAGCAGCUGUUUGGGAAUGUUUGCCAAAAACUGCCUUUCACCGACACCGCUGCCAUCUGAGAGAUACUUUUCUACCGUCUCACUUUCUAUUAAACUGGUUUUGCAUUUUCAUAAG